UUUGAGUUUGACAAUUUUGCAUUGCAUUUUGUAAUUUGUAUUGUAUUCAAAGAUAAAUUGUAUUGUAGUUUAUACUUUAUAUUAAAUUGUAGCUUUUUGAUAAAUAGUAACAACAUAUUGAAAAUACAUUAUAAAUUAUUUACACUAAAGUUAAAUACAUAUAAUUGGUCUUUCUCAUUACAGAAGCUUGUAGUGUAGCAAUGCCUAAGGUCCGCCGAAGCCGUAAACCACCUCCAGAUGGAUGGGAGCUGAUCGAACCCACGCUCGAAGAGCUAGAGCAGAAAAUGCGUGAAGCUGAGACAGAGCCUCAUGAAGGGAAAAGAAAGCAAGAAUCUCUUUGGCCAAUAUUCAAAAUACACCAUCAAAAAUCUCGUUAUAUAUAUGAUUUGUUCUACAGAAGAAAAGCUAUCAGUAGGGAACUGUACCAAUACUGUCUCAAUGAGAAAAUUGCUGAUGCAAAUCUUAUUGCCAAGUGGAAGAAAACAGGAUAUGAAAACUUGUGUUGUCUGAGAUGUAUACAAACAAGGGACACUAAUUUUGCAACCAACUGUAUAUGUAGAGUACCUAAGAGCAAGUUGGAAGAAGGAAGGAUUGUUGAGUGUGUACACUGUGGUUGUAGAGGAUGUUCAGGAUAAUUGUGUGACAAUGUUAAGGGACAGGGGUAACAAAUCAUCUUAACAAAUUUUAUCAUUUACUUUAAAUGUUAAAUUAGGCAUAAAAAGGUUUGCUACGCCUGUAUAGAUUUAAAGAAUAAAAUAAUUUUAAUUUAAUAAAUAAACUGUUCAACUUA